AUGAGUGGCCUUCAGUAUACGGUGAUGGAAGUCAAAGGACAAAUGAUCCAUGUGCCCGAGUCAAACUCUAUUUUGUUUUUGGGUUCCCCUUGUGUGGACAAGCUGGAUGAACUGAUGGGCCGAGGCCUACAUCUUUCUGACAUACCUAUCCACGACGCUACCCGUGACGUCAUAUUGGUUGGGGAGCAGGCAAAGGCCCAAGAUGGCUUGAAGAAACGAAUGGAUAAACUGAAGGCAACAUUAGAGCGAACACACCAAGCUCUGGAAGAGGAGAAAAAGAAGACAGUAGAUCUUCUUAUUUCCAUUUUCCCAGAAGAGGUGGCUCAACGGUUAUGGCAGGGACAGCAAGUUCAGGCCAGGAAGUUUGAUGAUGUCACAAUGCUCUUCUCAGACAUUGUUGGCUUCACAGCUGUGUGUGCCCAGUGCACCCCCAUGCAGGUGAUCAGCAUGCUGAAUGAGCUGUACACACGAUUUGACCAUCAGUGUGGAUUCCUGGAUAUCUAUAAGGUGGAAACAAUAGGUGAUGCAUACUGUGUUGCAGCAGGGCUCCAUAGGAAGAGCCUUAGUCAUGCGAAACCCAUUGCUUUGAUGGCUCUGAAGAUGAUGGAACUUUCAGAAGAGGUACUUACACCAGACGGGAGACCUAUUAAGAUGAGGAUAGGAAUUCAUUCAGGAUCAGUUCUGGCUGGAGUUGUUGGUGUGAGAAUGCCACGUUAUUGUCUCUUUGGAAACAACGUCACUCUGGCAAGCAAGUUUGAGUCAGGAAGUCAUCCGCGUCGCAUCAAUGUCAGUCCAACCACAUACCAGCUUUUGAAAAAGGAAGAAAACUUUACUUUUAUUCCUCGGUCCCGUGAAGAGCUUCCGGACAACUUUCCAAAGGAAAUCCCUGGGAUCUGUUACUUCCUGGAGGUCACAAGUGGGCAGAAGCAGCCAAAGCCCUCCAUGACAUCUGCCAGAGUGAGAAAGGUUUCCUACAACAUUGGCACCAUGUUCCUUCGGGAGACAAGCCUAUGAGGCCUGCUGCGGAUCAAAGACUAGUCAAAAAGCACAAGCCCAGAACUGGGUCAUGAGAGGAAAGUUGAAUAUUCUUUUUAUUUCACUGCCUUGUCGUGGACAAGCAGUAAAAGCUCUAUCUAAUGUCAGGCAAUAAUUAUUUUAAAAGGUGGGUGACUGCUGACAGUAAACAAACUGGAAAAUGAAACAAAAUACUUCUAUUUCCAGAGGAAUUAUUGGUUGUCAGUUUCAAUUCGGCCCCUUUAGAAAACAAAAAAACAAAUCUUUGGGGUUGAUUUUUGUUUGAACAGAAGUGGGUGAUGGUUGUCUGUAGAUUUGCACCAGCUAAGCAGAAUUGAGCAUCAGUUCUGAUUAUGCAUUCCUACAUUAAUGUGUCAUUCACCAAGGUAACAAUGUUUUUUAACUUUCUGAACAAACAUUUCAUACAUAUACUGUAGAGUGCUGUAACCUUCCUGGCAGGAGGAAUAUGUAAUUCAGUACAAUAUUGUAGGGAUUUUACCUAUUUUUAUACAUAUUUCACUUUCUGGACAAUUACAUUCCAUAUACUGUAAAAUGAGUGAGCUUUUCAGAAUAAGCUACUGUAUAUUUCAGAUAUUCUCUCUGUCCAUCAAAGCUUCUUAUUAUACCAGUGGCAAGACUUUUGGCUUUUUGGCAACAAAAACAUCAAUAUUUUGCAAAAGAAAAAUACAUUGAUAAGUCUCCUUACAUGGCUUUUAUGGUUUAGAUGAACAUUGUCUCCCAUAUAUAAUAUAUAAUGUUCAGAUGUUCAGUAUUUGUCCUACUAGUAACAUGUGUCCAGUCUCUCCAGAACAGUGCAAACAAAGGCUUAAAGAUCAAUGUCUUAGUGGGUAAAAAAAAGUUCCGUUGCACACCAUGGGCUAUAUCUCAUACCAUCGAUUUUAUGUAGAAGUCCUUACGAUGGAUGAUAUAGCCUGUUGAAAGCAGCAUCCAGCAGAUAUGGGAAGCACUUUGGGAGGGAUUUUCAAAGCAGCUCAAUCACAGGAAUACAGGUUCCAUUGAUUUUUAGUGGGAUUUGUGCUCUUAAAUCACUUUGGAGUUUUUGAAAAUCAGAUUCAUUAUUAGCAAUGUUACACUGGAAGUUUCAUCUGCUGCUGGCUUGGCUGAAAUGUUACUGCUUUUUCUAGUGCAGAAUAGAGUAAAAGACAUGUACAAAUUUAAAAAGGGGAAAUGCUUACCUAUAGUAUAAUGCAAAUGACUGUUCAAAAUUUAGAUUAAUCAAGGUCAGUAAAAAUAAAGGGCCAGAUUCUCAUCUAUUGAAAAUUUAUGCAACUCUGUUGUCUUCAGUGGAGCUAUGCUCAUUUACACCAGGAGAGGAUCUGGCCUCAAAUGGUCAUGUCUUCAGACAGACUUUAUUUUUUUCUGAUUUCACCCUUUCCCUUGGGUUUCCUUUUCAAUUAGCACUACCUGUAGAACUGCCUCCGCAAGCCUACCCACAGCAGGGUCCUAUUCGUACAGACCAACACAGUUCUAUUCUUAGAGAAAACAGUUCAUUAGCUAAUGUUUGUACAGUGCUUUUGAAGAUGUAUAGCUCUGUAUGAGCCUGA